AUGGCUACCUUUGCAAAUACCACCUACAAUGCUGCCAGAUAUGCGUCAAUACGUCCGACAUAUCCGAGACAGCUGUUCGACUCUGUCUUCCACUACCACGAACGUGGACAGAAAGCGCGGUGGGCAAUUGCUGUGGACCUCGGGUGUGGUACCGGUCAAGCCACUGUGGAGCUAACGCAGUUCCAGAGGGUUAUCGGGGUUGAACCUAGCAGCAAGAUGAUAGAGCAGGCUCGGAAGCUCUUAGGUGUCCCGGAUAGCACAAAGCAGCUUGAGUUCAAGCAGUCCCAAGCAGAAGAGCUACCUUUUCUGGAGGAUGCGAGCGUGGACCUCAUUGUGUCAGCUCAAGCGGCUCAUUGGUUCGACUGGAAGAAACUAUGGCCUGAAGCAGCACGGGUCUUACGAACAAAUGGGACUAUUGCUGCUUGGGGAUACUCUGAGUUCCGCCUACCUCUUUAUCCCUCAGCGACGCGUCUCAUCAAUGAGUACUCUCAAGGUGAAGAUCCGGAACGAUCUCUUGGGCCCCACUGGGAGCGUCCAGGACGUACUAUUUUAGAUAAUCACCUGAUAGCUAUACCGGACCCCGAGUCUGUUGUCCACGGAAGAUUUCAGGAUUUCGAACGCAUCUACUUCACUGGUGGCUACUACCCCAAUCUGCCUUCGCCCCGGCCGGUCAUUUUGCGGAAGAAGAUGACGUGGGAGGACUUACUCUCAUAUCUGUACACGUUCAGCUCCUUUCAUACGUACCAAGAUAGGUACCCUGCUGACAAGGAAAAUCCCGAGGGUGAUAUCGCGAUGCGAUUCUGGAACCAUCUGAAAGCGCACACUGCCGAGCGGGAUGGGAGUGCGGUGGCAAAGGACACUGACGAGAUAGAUGUUGAAUGGCCAAUGGCUCUCCUUCUCGCUCGCCGCGUCUAGUACGUAGCACAGAAACAUUGUGUGCAUUUUUAUGUUGGAUAAGCUACACGCUAUUGUUC